GCAAGCGUAAUAUGCGUUUAUCUGUAAUAAUUCUAUCACUCACUUUAUUGAGUUUCUCCAGCGGAUUUCCCCUGGAACAGGGAAAUGUUUGCGAACUUUUGGAGCAUGUUGAUACCGACGAUUCGUGGUCAAAACUCGACUCCCAAGUCGAGUUUCUUCAAAACUGUCUGGAUUGCGCCAACAGUGUAACUUCCCCAAAAGAACAAAUGCAGUACGUUGUUGAAUUCAUCGACUACCAUGAAAUGCAUUCCAAAAAUAAACCUACACGCACAAAUACUUAUUUUGGAAAAAACAUGAUACAUUUAUUCAAGAAAACUGUCGAAAAACUUACGCAGCUGAGCAGAAAACUAAUUAAAGUGUCGGAAAAAAUUGAUGAGAGACUGGGCAAAACAAUUGACAAAAGUAAGAAAUUACUUUUUGGCCAAGAAACAUGAAGGUUUUAUAAAACUGAGCAAUGCUUUUCUUUAUAACAAUUACUAAAUGAGCUGAUAGUGCUUGCUACAUAUACAAAACCAUAAAUAAUUUCUUUGUUUACUAGAAAUUAUAUUUUCUUGGAUUAUUAAUAAAAUCAGAGAUAAUGAAACAGACUGAAACGACUAUAGCUCCCCUGAUUCUUCUUUAGCAAUAUUACCGAGCUACAAGACGUUUCCAAUAUUUGUUGGAAAAGUUUUUGGGAUAGAGUAUUGAAAGUCGUGCCCGGUUUAUUUAUACCAUUUAGCCGCUGGCAGCCGCAGACUGGCCGUCGUCUCGAGGAGCUUCUUCAGCAUCAUUUCCAAAGAGCACGCACUUUAUUGAGAUUUAUUUUGAUUUCUUAUUUUUUUCGUGUGUGUGCUGUUUUUUUGUUUAUUUAUUUAUUUGGCCCGGGGGUUCAAUGCCAAACAUUUUUGCCAUCCUUUGUUUUCUCAGUUGUUUUUCGGAUCGCGUUUUUGGCAUGCGACCUGCACGAGCCUUUUGGCCAGCGUUUAAAUUCCCAAAUUGAUGGCAAUCUUUUUUUUUGGGGCAUUGUUGUGGCCCGAAUACAUAUUAUGUGCUGCUCGGGUAUCCUGCAAAUGAUUUCAUCGUGCUUGACGUGCUCAUGUGGGCCUUAAUUGUUUUAUUUGAGUGCCAUUAUGUGCAGGCAGCACUUGGGACAGCCAGACGGAGCUGGAGCUGGAGCUGAAGAUCUUUCAGAUGCUGCUUCUUUCGAGUGGCCGAAAGUGACCGAAAUCUGGUUAUGAUGUCAUGCUCCUAAGUAAGGUAUAAAAUUCUUCCACAUUUUGAUGUGUGCGUGUUUCUUUGUUUUUUGUGUAGGGUCACAAUUUGAAUGAAUUAUGCUGUUCUACUUUUUUUGCACCUUUGCGGUUAGACGAACGCGAGCGUCUUUAUUUAUUUUAACACAUUUGUCGUAAUGCGUCAUUGUCAUUGCGGGCAUUUGUAAAUAUUAAAACAAAAACCACCUCAAACUGAAAACUGGAAAUUUUUCGUUGUUAUUUAAUAUUUUCCGAGCCCCACCUCGGCCAGUUGCUAUAGCUAAUCUUUGCCUAGCCGUUACAAAUGACGACCCUAAAAGUGACAACCCAAAGUCGACAAUGUCAAGUGCCUCAAAGUGGCGAAAAUAUACGGCAAAAAAUAGUUUUGCGCGUAAUUUAAGCGGUUUUACUUGACAUUUAUUGGAAAAAUGGCAAAAUAAAUCAUAUUUUUCAAACCAGCAAUUGAAGCCACAAGUAUACAUUAA